GGAAAAGCCGCCGGCGAGGCCAAAAGAGCGGGAAAACCAAGCCUUUAGCCGGGAGCAACAAGUUGGAACGCGGACGACCAUCCCAAGAUGCCGGUGAAGAUGUACGAUGUGUCGCCGCGCGUCUUCUGCGCCAUGCAGAACCUGGACAUCACCCUGCUGGCCAGCUACCCGGAGGCGGAGAUCCGGCCGGUGCUGCCGUCGCUGGUGCGGAUGAGCCUGCUCUCGCCGCUGGACAACACGGAGUCGUCGAUGGAGUCGCGCAAGCAGAUCCUCGCCGUGCUCAUUGGCAUCGAGGUGGUGAAUAGCAUAGUCUCCUACCUGCAGGUCAACUACCAUGAGCUGGAGAACGAGCUAAAGAAGGAGCUGCAGGCGCGCCAGAAGUCGGCCUUCUUCGAGGGGCAGCAACAUGAGUAUGGACUCCAAUCGGGCAUCGCUUUGGGUUUCGAGCGGGCGGAUGUGGCGCGCAAGGUGCGCGUGGUGCUCUCGGAGAUCUUCAAUCUGCAGCAGCAGGUCUCCGAGCAGAAGCCGGCCGCCCACUCGGAAAUGCUCGACGAUGGCAUUUAUUUGGAGGAGGUGGUGGACAUCCUCUGCAUCGCCUUGGCCGAGCUGCCCUCGCUGCUGAACAUCCUGGAGCUAACCGAUGCCCUCGUCCAUGUGCCCAACGGCCAUCGGAUCAUCUGCGCUUUGGUGGCCAACUUUCCGGACUGCUAUCGCGAUGUGGUUUCCCAUGUGAUCGCCAACUGUGACGAGGACGGCAGCGAUGGCAAGCACCGGCUGAUGCUGCUCAUGGGCCUCAGCGAAAUGAAUCCCUCCCAGGCGCUGGCCAAUCGGUCCAUGUGCGUGGACAUGCUCAAGGUGCCGUCGUUCAUGCUCAAGCUCACGCUCAAGCAUCCCGAGGAUCUGAUCGCCUUCCUCACGGGUCUGCUGCUGGGCAAUGACCAGAAUCUGCGCUCCUGGUUCGCCGUCUACAUCCGCUCCAGCCAGAAGCGCAAGGGUGAUGCCCUGAAUCUGGUGCGCGUGGAGCUGCUGCAGAAGGUGAUCCAGACGACGACGAAUGCCUCGGAGCUGCGCGACUUCAAUCUCCAGGGAGCGGUGCUGCUGCGUCUGUACUGCGCCCUUCGCGGCAUCGGUGGCCUCAAGUUCAACGACGACGAGAUCAACGCGCUGUCCCAGCUGGUCACCAGUUGUCCACAGGCGACGCCCUCGGGCGUGAGAUUCGUAACGCUAGCGCUGUGCAUGCUCAUCGCCUGCCCCUCGCUGGUGUCCACCAUUCCGCUGGAGAACAAGGCCGUCGAAUGGCUGCAGUGGCUCAUUCGCGAGGAUGCCUUCUUCUGCAAGCGCUCCGGCACGAGCACCUCGCUGGGCGAGAUGCUCCUCCUGCUGGCCAUUCACUUUCACAGCAAUCAGAUCUCGGCCAUCAGCGAGAUGGUCUGCUCGACGCUGGCCAUGAAAAUACCCAUCCGGCCAAAUAGCACGAAUCGGAUCAAGCAGCUCUUCACGCAGGAUUUGUUCACCGAACAGGUGGUGGCAUUGCAUGCAGUUCGAGUUCCCGUGACGCCGAAUUUAAAUGGCACCAUACCGGGCUACCUGCCGGUGCACUGCAUCCAUCAGCUGCUCAAGUCGCGAACGUUUCUCAAGCACAAGGUGCCGAUCAAGUCGUGGAUCUUCAAGCAGAUAUGCAGCUCGGUGAGGCCAGUGCAUCCGGUGAUGCCUGCGUUGGUGGAGGUGUUUGUCAACACGCUGAUCAUACCGAAUCCCACGGGCAAGGUGAAUAUCGAUCAUAUGCAUCGACCCUUCACCGAGGCCGAAAUUCUGCAUGUUUUUCGCACCUCGAAGCUCACUUUCUUCGCCGAGGAACUGCCGCAGAUGGCGGAGCGGAGCAGCGAGGAGCUGGCGCAGAUCGAGGUGACCUGUCCGCUGACCGCCCAGCUGCUGAUGAUCUACUAUUUGAUGCUCUACGAGGACACGCGGCUGAUGAACCUCACGGCGCUUGGGGGGCGCAAGCAGAAGGAGUACUCGAACAACUUCCUGGGCGGUCUGCCGCUGAAGUAUUUGCUACAGAAGGCUCACCACUAUCACCACGACUAUCUCUCGCUCUUCCAUCCGCUGCUGCGUUUGAUUAUCUCCAACUAUCCGCAUCUCAGCAUGGUGGACGACUGGCUGGAGGAGCAUAAUUUGGGCAACCAGGGCAGUGCCGCCAUUAUCGAGCUGGUGGACAGCAAGCGAGAGCUGCGGCCGGAGCAGCUGGAUCGGGCACUGGCCGCCAUCCAGACGAAGCCGCAUCUGGCCAUCCGAGUGUUCAAGCAGCUGCUCCAGAUGCCGCCGGAGCGGCAGGCGCAGUACGGGCAGCAGCUGGUGCAGCAUCUGCCGGUGGUGUUUGCCAAAACGGUGCCGCGGUAUAUCAAGGAUCUGUACAAUGAAAUCUGGCUGCGCCUGAACGCCGUGCUGCCCACCACCCUGUGGAUUAUGUCGCUGCGGGCGAUUACCAACAGUUCGGACUCCAUUAACCGGCGGACCUUCGCCAACGAGAGCCUGCUGGAGCCCAUGGAGGUGUUGAGCUGCCCUCGCUACGUCUUCUGCUCGCCGUAUCUGCUGAUGAUCCUGCUGCGCAUCCUCAAAGGCAGCCUGGCCGCCUCGAAGACCUACCUCAAUGUGCACAUGCAGCAGAAACAGGUGCUGGACAAGAACGGCCUGGUGCAGACGGACGCGGAUCGGGAGGAGCUGAAGACGACGCUGAUUGCCUCGCAGGAGAGCGCCGCCGUGCACAUUCUGCUCGAGGUGCUCGAGUAUAUGGCCAGCAAGGCGUCGGAUCGGGUGUCGCAUCUGGAGCUGCGCGAGAUACAGGGCAUCAUUGGGACCUAUGUCCAUCAGGCGUUCAUCUCGGAGCCCUCGCUGGCCAAGCUGGUGCAUUUCCAAACGUAUCCCAAGUCCGUGAUCCCCAUGAUUGUGGCCAGCGUGCCGUCGAUGCAUAUUUGCAUUGAUUUCGUUCACGAAUUUCUCAACGUGACCGAAAUGGACAAGCAGAUCUUCACCAUUGAGCUAACCUCGCAUCUGGUGCUCAACUAUUCGAUACCCAAGAGUCUGGGCGUCUCGAAGUUCUGCCUGAACGUCAUCCAGACGACGUUGUCCCUGCUCACCGCCUCGGCCAAGUGCAAGUUCCUGCGGAACGUGCUGCCGGCGAUGGUGCGAUUUGUGGAAACGUUUCCCAUUUUGGCUGACGAUUGCGUCAACAUCCUGAUGACCACCGGCCGUAGCCUGCACUCACAGUCGUCGCUGGGCGUGACCACCAUGCAGAUGCCGCUGACCGAGAGCGCAAAGCUGUGCUCCUACCGCGAUGCCCAGCUGCACAUCAUCAUGAUCGAGGACGCCUUCAAGGCGCUGGUCACCGCCGUCAUGCAGAAGUCGGAACUGUAUUAGUU